AUGGCGGCCAUUUCGUGCGCAGGACCAGUAAAACUAACAGAAAAUGAGUACCGAAGAAGAAUGAACUAUGAAAUAGCACAAGAAAUUAAAGAGGACAUAGUAAGAAAAAUUAAACAACAAAGAGCAAGAUGGCUGGGACAUGUAUGGAGAGCAGGAGAGGAAACAGUAGCGUACUCAAUAUUAGAUUGGAACCCUGGAAGUGCUAGAAGAAGAGGAAGACCAAGGUCUACAUGGUGGCAAGAGGUAAAAGACGACCUUAAGAGAAUUGGGAUGUGGAACUGGCAAGAAAAAACGAAAGAUAGACGAGCCUGGCAGGAUAUGUGCCAUAAGAUAUAA